AUGAAGGCUAUAUUGCUCAUUUUACUCCUCACUCAGACAAGUCUCGGAUGUCAACUAUCCUCCUUAUUCUCAAGCUUCGGACCAAUUCACGAGGAGAACCAGCAAAAUCUCAAAGAUCAUUCUCGAUCUGCUUCGGCCUACCACACACUCCCAUCCUGGUACACAUCUACACUUCUUGCCCGACGCCUUCUACACAAGUCUACUGUCGGAACCAUUGCAACGGUAUUUCCCGAUAAAAUUGUGUCCGACCCAGCUCGCCACUGGCAACCCCCGUCAAACGUCGCUAGCCUGCCUGUUGCACUACCGGAGUACAUCGCAGCAUGCUCUGACUCAGGCAACCCCACCAUCCUCGGUCUUGAUCUUGGCACGACCUUCAAAAACGUGGCUUUCGGCUCCAAUGUCUCUUUAUCAAUCGACUGGUGGGACCACCUGCCAGCCCCCAAGGUCCCCGGGCUACGCGGUUCCAGUCGCGCGGCGCUACCGCGUGCUGUGUUGAUAGGGCAUAUGGACCCGUACCCAAUCCCGCUAGAUGCAGACACGCGUAUGGGGCUGGAAAAGUGCUUUCUGGCGGCGCAUCCCGACGCACUAGCAUGGCUGCCAGGUUCGGAGCGUGCGGCACACUCAGGGUUUUGGGCACAGUUGGUGGUCCAGCAGGUGAUGUGGAUUGGGGGUUUCGGAGAUAGGGCUCUAAUUGGGUGGGUCAAUAUGACCGAGUGGAGCGGUAUUCAGUUUGGGCCGAACGAGCUCGGUGUGGGUGAUGGCAGGGGUUGGGGGGGAUGUUCGCUUACCUGGAGAAAAGCAUUAGGUAGUCAAAUAGUUGGAGAGUUGGGUACACAGGCAGAAGAUGGUCUUUUUUUGGAAGCUCAUGGAGUGUGA